AAGCAAAUAUGGAUUGGAUUUUGGAACUUUCUUAUCCACGAAAAUCUCUUUACAUGCUAAGAACCCAAGAAGAAAAAAGGAGGAAAAAGAACAGAAAAAAUCAACCAGAAAAAGAGUAAAGGAAAGGGAUAUUCACUGAAGAGAGAAAGAAAAGAAGCCAAACGAAAAAAGAUGCUACAGAGCCCAAAGUUCUUGCAGCCCUCAACUCAGUUCCUUCCUCCUCCAACACCAUCAACAUUGGCUAAUCCACAAGUCCAAGAGUUACCCACUUCCCAAUCUUAUUCCAAGUUUAAACAAUGCUGCAAAUUCUCACGGCGGCAGCUCACAAUCCGUACCAAUUCUCUCUUGCUUUUCCUCUUGGGAUUUCAAGGUGGCGUAGAGCCAUUCAGAUCGUCUGAAGCAAAAGCUGAAGAAAAUGAGAAUGAUACCAACUCUGCUUCUAUUUGUGGUGACAAGAACUUAACAAAGAGAGCGUUUCUAGAUAUAUCCAUUGAUGGAGAACCAGUGGGUCGGAUUGUGAUUGGGAUGUACGGAAACGACACUCCACUUGGAGCUACUAGAUUAGCUAACCUUGUUAGUGGUUCAGCUGGAAUCAGCUACAGAAGGAAGGAGUUUGUCAAAAUCAUGCCUGGUUAUGUUCAGCAUGGCGGGGUGAGAUCCUAUGGUGUUGACGCAGAGAUGGCGAGCAGAACUGGAAGCAAUUUAGAGGCCCAAAAUCUUCUUGAAGAGUGGGAAAGAGCCAAGGAAAAAUGCUCUGGAAUCAAAAACGUGGCUGGGACAGUGAGCCUUGUUGUCAGAGAUCCUUCGAGGCCACCUCCGAAACAGAAGUUGGUUGCAAGAGGAGGGAAGCUUGAGAUUGAUGAGGAGGAGGUCAAGGCCGCUCCGAAUGGGACAGAGUUCAUCAUCACCAUGAAAGACUCACCGGAGCUGGAUGACUCGGCUUUGGUGGUGGGGAAAGUCUUGGAAGGGAUGGAAGUCGUGGAGAAGAUCAGCAAGGUCAAGACUGUGCAGGAGAACACCAGCUCCCCUUAUUUUAGGGUGGCCAAGCUCAUAGGUGACAAGAGAGCCGUUGUUGCAGAAAGAGGUUUCAAUCGCCCUUACUCAAAGGUGGUAGUGAAAAAUUGUGGCUUGCUGGAGUAACACAAUGAUAUUUGCAUCUCUUUUUGUUUUUGAGCAACACAAUAAUGUAGUACAAUUAUCCGCUUAUCUUGCUUUAAAGAACCUCUCGAUACCAAAUUCUUGAA